AUGAUACCCACACCAGUUUCUAAAAAAAUAAGAAGUAGGUUGAAUUUGUCUAUUCAGAAAAAGCCUCAUUUUUUAUUUCGGCAAAAUUUAUUAUUUGACAAACGGGAAAAAUGGGAACCAAAAUUGAGGAAAGGUUAUCCCGAAUUUGCAAAGCAGUUCGACAUUUUGAAUCGACAGGUUACGGGGUUUCGAAAAUACAGACCACCGAUUGUGAAAAAAGAGGAAAUAAAAAAAAAUUAUGAUAUAAGUAAUUUUCACGAAGUAAAAUCGAAAUUUAGGUUUGAGAUCAACGGAUUUUUUGAAGAUGGUGGAAACGUUUUUUGUGAAGAGUUGUAUAGAACUGCAAGACGAAUGUUCAUAGUUGGCUGGAUUAAAUGUCGAAGUCGAUUUGCCAUGGGUCACUUUCAAGGAGAUUCUUAUGCUAUUUCCUACUUGAGACAUUGGUUUGACAUGUAUUCAUCAGAAAAAAAUAAAAUUGAAAAAUUGAAAGUAUUUGAUGAGAACCAUGGGAUUCCUACUUUUGAUUACUAUAAUAUUACAGUAGUGAAAGACUACAGAACACCUGCAAAGAAAAAAAUGCAUCACAUUCAGAGUCAGGAUUUUUUAAAAACAAAGGCACUAUUCAAUUUAAAAUAA